UCUUUGUGUCGAGAGGCUUCCAUUCCAUCAAGAAGUUUCGUAGAGUUUAGUUCGUUGAUUAAAUUGUGUGUUGUUUGUUCCCAAUAUAUAUUCACAAUUCAACACUCAACCGAGAGUUUUCCCAUUUGAAGGAAAGAUCAGCGUCUCUUCUGUGUCCUAUCGAAUUGAUUUUCAAUCCCCAGAGUCAUUUUAAUUUUCACGCCGGAAAAGAGCGCGCGCCGUGGUCCAGGCUCAAGCUCACAAGUUUUAUCCGUUACUUUUUCGCCUCUCUCCUUCAUAUAUAUUGGUGAAAAACGCCGCAGCAGAGAAGAAAAAAAGACAGUGUGUCGGAAAAUUUUCGAGUUUGGCGCAAUAGCGUAAUAAGAAGUGCUUUGAGAGAUCAUUUUAGUCGAUUUUGUGUGUCUGGAAGGAAGCUUGUGCGCUCGGCUUCCUCGCUGUCCCCGGAGUUUUUGGAUUGCGGCAUAUGCUAUUUUAAUCCACUGCAAGACCGCGAGUUAAUUGUUUCGGAUCUCUCAUCACUUGAUAAACGCAUUUGAGCGCGCUCCAUCCAAGAUGACAGAAACCACCGAAGCGCCCGCUGCUGCUCAGCCAGAGAAAAAGACACCAACAGAGGCCACAAAUCCCGAAACCACCCCCAAUGAGGGACAACAGGCCGCCAACGGCAGCCCGGAGAAGAAGGCCGCCGCCGCUGAGGAGAAGGACGCCAGUCCACCUGCAGAGCCGCCGAAGGAAAUGCGAGCUGUCGUUCUCACCGGAUUUGGCGGAUUCAAGGGCGUGAAGAUUCUCAAGAAGCCCGAACCGAGCCUCCAAGCUGGUGAAGUUCUUAUCCGCGUGAGAUCAUGUGGAUUGAACUUCCAAGAUUUAAUGGUACGUCUGGGCGCUAUUGAUUCACCCCCCAAGACCCCAUGCAUCCUGGGACUUGAGUGCGCUGGCGAGAUUGAGGCUGUCGGCGAGGGUGUUGAGAACUUUAAGGUUGGAGAUCGUGUUGUCGCUCUUCCCGAAUUCAAGGCAUGGGCAGAACUUGUCACCGUUCCGGCCAAGUAUGUCUAUCACAUUCCCGAUGAGAUGUCCUUCUCAGAUGCCGCUGCUAUUGCCAUCAAUUACAUCGUGGCGUACAUCAUCCUCUUUGAUUUGGCAUCCAUCAAGUCAGGAAAGUCUGUGUUGCUGCACUCAGCCGGCGGCGGCGUGGGUCAGGCGAUUGUGCAGCUGGCUCGAACCGUGCCCGACGUGACGGUGUUUGGCGUGUGCUCCAAGAACAAACAUGAGGCCCUCAAGGCGGGUGGUCUCAUUGAUCAUCUCCUGGAAAGAGGAUCAGAUUACACAAAUGAAGUGCGCAAACUCUCUCCUGAGGGUGUUGAUGUGGUCUUGGACUGUCUUUGCGGCGAGGAGUGCAACAGGAGUUACACCCUUUUGAAGCCCAUGGGAAAGUACAUCCUGUAUGGAUCGUCGAACGUCGUCACUGGAGAGACUAAGAGCUUCUUCAGCGUUGCUCGCUCAUGGUGGCAAGUGGACAAGGUGUCGCCGAUCAAGCUGUUCGACGAAAACAAGAGCCUGGCCGGCUUCAAUCUGCGACACUUGCUCUACCAGCAAGAUGGUGUGGAGUACGUGAAGAACACUGUGUCGACGGUCUUCGACUUGUGGAAGGAUGGCAAGAUUAAGCCCACCAUUGACUCCACUUGGGCACUCGAGGAUGUCGCUGAGGCCAUGCAGAAGAUGCACGAUCGCAAGAACAUCGGCAAGAUAAUCCUGGAUCCGGCCAUGGAGCCCAAGCCCAAACCUGCCACUCCUGCCAAGGGCAAGGCAAAGGCCAAGAAGGAGGCCAGCGAGGAGAAGAACGGCGACAAGGAGAAGAAGGCCGAAACCGAGGGCGAGAAGAAGGAGGAGGCGAACGACAAGGAGGCCACCGAGGGAGAAGCUGCUAAACCAGCCGAAAAGGAGAACGGCGAGGCGACUGAAAGUGAAAAACAAUCGAGCUGAAUUAAUGAUUGCGCAUAAAAAGAAUGCAGAAGAAAUCUUCAAGCAAACACACAACAUAAAAAUAUCUCCCUCGAGAAUCUGCUGGAUUGUAAAAUUUUUCUUUUUCUUAUGUUAAAUAUUAUUAAGUCUACUCAGCUGAUGGAAAAGAUCAAAUCUUGAUGUUGUAGGAAGAUCACCGCCGCGAUCCAGCGAGAGAGAACAUUCAUUUAUCAGAAUAUUUGUAAAAAAAAGAGAAGAAGAUGAAAGAUCGUUAAGAAUAUUUUCCGACGAAUUAUGUAAGAAAUUUUCUGUAGUUUCCACCAUAUUUUUUAGGCAUUUUAAUGAUAUAUAAAAUAGACUUUAAUAGAAGGACAAAAAACUGCUCCAAAAAGUUGAUGAUGGGAAAAUGGGAGAAGAUUGAAAAAAGUGCUUGUGUGCUUUUAAUGUGUCAUAAUUAAAUAAAUUGAGGAAAGGAAUGAGAACAUAAUGGAAAAAAGACGUAAUGAUGAUCAAUCACUCUGUAAGCUUUUGUUGAAUUUAGUUUUAUAAUUAUAAUAUUCAUGGAAAAAAUGUGGGGAGUAAGAAAAUUUGCAAGAAAUUAAAUUCACUUAUAUUGUACAAUAAUUGUUCUUACACAAUUCGUUCGUUGAUAUAAAUACACAAUGAUUACAAUUUAUUAAAGAAAAAGAUAUACAUAUAAAUAUGCUAUAAUAGAACUUAUUCGCUAUCCAAUAUUAUCUACUUAUAAUCAUUCUCUUUCUAAAGGAAAAAAAAACAAUGAUAGAAUAAAAGAAAACAAGAAGAGAAGAAGAAUAUUGCAAAGUGGAAGAAAAAAAACUUAAAAACGGUUUCUAUAUGUGAACCUUUCUAUCUUUCUCUCGUAAGAAGCCUAAAACAACGCAUAAAGAAUAAAGUUUCAAAUCGAACCAAUUCUGCAUAUAAUUGUGUGCUUUCGGUGUCAGCAUAUUGUCAUAAUCAAGAAGUAAUCAAAUAUAAGUUAUUGUACGACAAAGUCUCUUCAUAGGGAAUUCCUUACCAACUUCAGAAGCACUAUUCCAAUACAUUUUUACUCAACAACUUAUUCUCUUUCACUUAUGUUUUGCCCACUCAAAAUCAUUUUCACACUCACCAAAACACAAUCUCACAGAAAUGAUAAGAAAAAAAAGAACUUUAUUUUUGUGAUAGAAAAGUGAACACACAAGAUGAGAGUUGAGAAAUUUUUAGAAUAUUUUUGUAAUGGCGGGAUAAAAAAAAAUGUCACAAAAUGCUCGUGGAAAAGGUUGAAAAGCUCAAUUUUUUACGUUUAGAAAGCUAAAUAGAAGAAACAAAAUAAAAAUCAUUGCCAGUUUACACCUAAAAUUACGAUAAAUCAAAAACAAUGAGCUAUUUUAUACAAUGAAAAAAAUAUGUAAUCGAUCAACAAUUUAUAUACACUUAAACACAUAUUAUAUUUGAAUAGACAAAAACUAAAUAUUUCUAGCUUUUUAUAAUACCACUUUUGCGCGCGAGAAAUUCAAUAAAAAGAAGAAUCAUUGACGAACCACACAUUAUGAAAGUAUUGGCUUUUUCUACCAACAUAUCAGAAUGGAUAUAUCAGCAUAUUUUUUCACUUACACACAAGAACACAUUUUCUUAAUAAUAAAAAAAAAUGAAGCUACGGCAUGAGAAUAGAAGAUAGUAAAAGAGCGAUAUUUUGAAGUAAUGGAAAAAUUAGAAAUUAUUGAAGUAGUGCGACCAAAAUUUCUACAAUCGACUGCAUAUUAUAUAUUUUUCUACCUUUAUUUUUUGUACUCUAUAUUUACAAAGGGAGGAUAAAAAUUUUUUAAUCAACGCGUCUGCCUCUUUCAUGAUAAAACAUCUAUUUCUUAAAGCAAGUAUUAGGAGAAAAAAAAAUGCGCCCGUGUGAACAGCGUUUUUUGCUUAGAAAAUGAUUUGAUUGAAUUGGAUAUUAAAGGAAGAUUUAUAGGGCUAUAAAUUGUGGCAAGGAAUUUGAAGAAGAAAAAAAAGUAAAAUCAACAUGCAUUAGGUGACAAUAAAACGCACACGCAAGUUUCAGAGCUGAAGAAAAAAAAAGAAGAUACAUACACAACAAAUACACAUCAAGAAUAUCUCAAAGGGCGAGUGUAAUAGGAAAAUCAGAGGAAAAAGAAGAAGGUUUUCAAAAAUUGCGAUGGAAAAUUUUAAGCCCGCCAGAUGGAAAAUGGAAUUACUAAGUAAACUACCUAAAUAAAUAUUUAAAAAACAAAAAUGAUGGAAAAAAAUAUUGUACUAUUAUGGAUGAAUGUGCUUAUGAAAUUUGAUAAAUUUGAUGAGAAA